GUUGAAAAACCAAUAUAUGCUUCAUGAACCCGUUUGAAAGGCAUAAACCCAUGAAGGAAAAUUAUGACAAGGGAAGAGACAGACAGACAAAAUCCUCACUUCAUUUCUAACAAAGUACUAAUCCAAUGGGUGUCACAGUUUAUACAGAAGUUUUAGGUAUUUUCCUCAUAUGUGCUUGCUAUUUUUCAUUUUUAGCCUUUGGCUUAGAUACUCUUACAGCAUCUGAGAGCAUGAGAGAUCCCGAUACUCUAACCUCUGAUAGCACCAACUUUACACUUGGAUUUUUUAGCCCUGACAACUCAUCCAAUCGUUACCUAGGAAUUUGGUACAUGGUAAAGGCCACAGUGGUAUGGGUGGCUAACAGAAACGAACCACUCACAGAUUCUUCUGGGAUGCUCAAGAUAUCUGAAAGUGGCAAUCUUGUGAUACUAGAUGGAAAGGAACGUGCUGUUUGGUCAUCAGAUGGAUCAGACAAUGACACAUCUCAUGUCAUAUUGCAGCUGCAGGAUUCUGGAAAUCUUGUGCUGCAGAACAAUAUCACAGGAAAAGUGAUAUGGCAAAGCUUCCACCAUCUUUCUGAUACAAUGCUGCAACGCACUAAUGGUGGUUAUAAUGCACAAGUAGGUCAGAAAUACAUGUUGACGUCAUGGAAGAGCCCUUCUGAUCCAUCAAUGGGAAGCUUUACAGCUUCUAUGGGACCUAGUACAGUUCCUCAAACAUUUGUUUGGAACAACAGUCGCCCAUAUUGGCGUGGAGGUCCGUGGAAUGGUCAAAUUUUCACUGGCAUACCCAAUUUGUACGAUCAGUAUCUCAAUGGAUUAACUUUGCAAAAAGUAAAUGGUACUUUCUAUUUAUAUUUUGUAUAUAUAAACCUCUCUCCUUUAUCAUUCUAUAAGCUGAACUCUGAAGGGAAACUGGUAUUUCAUAACUGGGAUGACAAUAAGAAAGAGUGGGUGCCGCAGUGGACAGUGCAGCAAUCAGACUGUGACAUUUAUGGCAUUUGUGGAUCAUUUGGAAGCUGUAAUCCACAAAGAAACCCAAUUUGUAGCUGUCUGAGAGGUUUUGUUCCAAAAAAUGCUGAAGAGUGGAAUAAAGGAAACUGGAAUAGUGGAUGCGCAAGGAGGAAGCCAUUGAAGUGUGAAAGACUCAAAAAUGAGAACAGAAACGGACAUGAUGAUGAUGGGUUUGUGCAGUUAAAGAAUACCAAAGUUCCAGACCUACCAAAUGGGACUUUCACUGUAUCAGCAUCACCAGAUUGCAGAAUCCAGUGCUUGAACAAUUGUUCCUGCUUAGCAUAUGCCCAUGAUGCGGGCAUUGGUUGUAUGAUGUGGAGUGAAAAACUGAUUGACACACAAAGGCUGUCAAGUGGUGGUCUCGACCUGUACAUUCGUCUGGCAGAUUCAGAACUGAAGGAAAAGAGUAGAUUAGCAGUGAUAAUUUUGAUUCCAUCGGCAGUCGGAAUAAUUCUAAUCGCAGCAUGUGCAUAUGCAAUAUGGAGACGCUCUGUUAAGCAUCAAGAAGAACCAUUGACAAUAGCAGAGAACGAAAUCAAUAGCCAGAUGCUGAAGGAACUACAACUGUUUGAAUUUGAAAAGCUUGCAGCUGCAACCAACAACUUUCAUUCUGCUAAUAAGAUUGGGCAGGGUGGUUUUGGUCCAGUAUACAAAGGAAAAUUGCAAGACGGACAAGAAGUUGCAGUUAAAAGACUUUCAAGUGUAACAGGACAAGGACGCGAAGAAUUUAUGACUGAGGUGGUGGUGAUUUCUAAACUUCAGCAUCGCAAUCUCGUGAGACUUCUUGGUUGCUGUGUAGAAGGAGGUGAAAAGAUGUUAAUUUAUGAAUACAUGCCAAAUAAAACUUUGGCUGCCUAUCUCUUUGAUCCACUCAAUGGUGAUGUCUUGAAUUGGCAAAAGCGUUAUCAUAUAAUAGAAGGAACUGCUCGAGGUUUGCUCUAUCUUCACAGAGAUUCAAGACUAAGAAUUAUACAUAGAGAUCUUAAGGCAAGCAACAUCUUAUUGGAUGAAGAGCUAAAUCCCAAGAUAUCAGAUUUUGGUACAGCAAGGAUCUUUGGAGUUAGCAAAGAUGAGGACUAUACAAGAAGAGUAGUUGGAACAUAUGGCUAUAUGCCUCCAGAAUAUGUAAUAGAGGGCAUUUUUUCUGAGAAAUCAGAUGUCUUUAGUUUUGGAGUUUUGCUAUUGGAGACAAUUAGCGGGAGAAAAAAUACAAGCUUCCACAAUGAUCAGCAACCUUUGAGUCUCCUAGGAUUUGGAAAGUUUCAAGAUGGACAAGAAGUUGCAGUUAAAAGACUUUCAAGUUUAGCAGGACAAGGACGUGAAGAAUUUAUGACUGAGGUGGUGGUAAUUUCUAAACUUCAGCAUCACAAUCCCAUGAGACUUCUUGAUUGUUGUGUGGGAGGUGAAAAAAUAUUAAUUUAUGAAUUCAUGCCAAAUAGGAGCUUGGCUGCACAUCUCUUCGGUUGAUCCACUCAAUUACGAUGUCCUUGAUUAGCAAAAGCGUUAUCAUAUAAUAGAAGGAACUGCUUGAGGUUUGCCCUACCUUCAUAGAGAUUCAAGACUGAGAAUUAUACAUAAAGAUCUCAAGGCAAGCAACAUCUUAUCGGAUGAAGAGCUAAAUCCUAAGAUAGAUUUCAGUACAGCAAGGAUUUUUGGAGUUAGCAAAGAUGAGGGCUAUACAAGAAGCAUAGUUGGAACAUAGAAAGUUAACAUUUUCAGCUGUAGUAGUAUAGAACUCCAAAUGUUCUCCUAGAGUUAAUUUCUUCAAUGUUUACAACUUAAUACAAAUGCAGUGGCUAGAUAGUUCCAUCAUAUGCAACA